CUUAGAUGGACCCGACCCGAUAACACAGCCACCCGGAACCUUCACAAUUGGCAUCACUCCUCCAAGCGACAAGCUGCUGCGUGACUCCACAGCCAUCUCUGCAGUAACUCCAACAAUGUUCAGAGUGCACAGAGAGCAGCACUCUUCACCUUAUGCCACUCACGAGAACCCCGCGGACCACUCUGCUGCCCUCGUUGUAAUCUGACCUCUUCCUCCCUUCAAUGCUUGUAAUGAUUCCCGUGACCACAGCCGACCUUUGAGCCUUCAUCACCUCAAACAAGGUCAGAUUCCUCCAGCACCAGAUCUGAACUACUGUGCGUAUCUUGCAGCUCAAACCAGCAUUCAAACUCCAAGUUUGGCAUUCAAACAUUGUAAUCUUGGAUCGGAGUUGAUGCUGAGCUGCCUGCUGACUGUAGUUUUCUGCAUCCAGUGUGAAGGAAGAGAGUAGGACAAAGAAAAAGCAGCUGGAGGUGAUGGAUCCCCUCCAAUGCUGCCCACAUGAAAACAGGAGUCACAUGCAAUUAUGAAAAGGUGAGAAAGUGGCAAACGAAGGUGGAGGAAGGAAUAUAUCCACAGGAGAAUCCACAGGAAGCAAAGCAAGUGUUGGUGUUGCAGGCAGAGUCUGCUGACUGUGAGUAAUCCCCACCCCACCACCUUGAAACUUGUGUACAAAGUGUGAACUAACCUGUAAAAAGAAGGAAGGAAAAAGAAGCUCUCCCAACUUUGUUUGCACUGUUGUUUAGUGUAAAAAUCUGCAGCAAUUGUUUAGGAUUCCAAGUAGAGGAAUCGAGUGUGGCUUAAAGGCUACAGUGGAUGCUGAACGGCAGCAGUGGCAUGUGACAGCCCUGUUUGUUUUCUCCUUACUCUAUUCACACUUCCGUGUCCUGCAUGUUCCUCACUACCUCACUCACUCAGUCCUCACUUGUCUCUUUCUCGCUGCUCUUUGCUCUUUUGCCUUACAGGAGGUCAAGAAUAAGGGUUCCUCCUGUUCUGUGCUGUGAGUUCACAUUUCUUCCUUGUUUCUCCGAGGGAUCAGUAGUCCUUUGCAAGAGCAGAGACAUCAGUGGAAGAAGAUGAGAGGGUUGGAAGUGCUCAUUCUUCUACUGGUUCUACUGAGUGGGUUUAGUUCAGCUUCAGCUGCUUCACCUGGGAAAAUUGUUAGUGCGGCUGUGUCCAAUGCUGCCUCUGCACUAUUGAAGAGGUUGUGGUCGCUGAAGUCUACUCCAAAGACAGCAAUCUCUGGCCACCGCCCUUUGAUGAAAUUUGAGGGUGGAUACACUGUUGAGACGGUGUUCGAUGGAAGUAAGCUCGGGAUUGAGCCUUACUCGGUUGAGGUGACGCAGAAUGGGGAGCUGCUGCUUCUUGAUUCAGUCAACAGCAAUCUGUACCGGAUCGCGCAGCCAUUAUCUAGAUAUAGCAGACCCAAGCUUCUUGCUGGUUCUCCAGAAGGGUAUGUUGGUCAUGUUGAUGGAAGGCCACGAGAAGCAAGAAUGAACCAUCCAAGGGGCUUUACAGUUGAUGGAAGGGGAAAUAUAUAUAUUGCAGACACAACAAACAUGGCAAUCAGGAAAAUUAGUGACACAGGGGUCACAACCAUCGCUGGGGGAAAGUGGAGCAGAGGUGGGCACUCAGAUGGGCCGAGCGAAGAUGCAAAGUUUUCUACAGAUUUUGAAGUUGUUUACAUUGCUAGCAGCUGCUCUCUUCUAGUGGUGGACAGGGGGAACCAGGCAAUCAGGGAGAUCCAGCUUCAUUUUGAUGAUUGUGCACACCAAUAUGAAACUGGUUUUCCUCUUGGAGUUGCAGUGCUGCUUGCUGCUGGUUUCUUCGGUUACAUGCUUGCUUUACUCCAGAGGCGUGUGGGAGUAAUUGUCUCUUCAAAUAAUGAUUUUGUUCAGGAACCUCAAACUCCUACAAAAGCAAGCAUGCCUCCUUAUCAGAAACCAAUGAAGCCAUCGAUGAGACCACCACUUAUUCCGAUUGGAAGUGAAGCAGAGAACAUAGAUGAUGAAGGCCUCUUCAGCUCCAUGGGAAAACUUUUAUUUGGAGCAUGGUCGUCAACAGCAGAAAUCUUUGCUGCAAUGUUCCCAAUCUUCAGAAAGAAACCGAAAACCACACGAUACCAGCAGCAGCAACGGAAAGCAAACACUCGGCCGAUGCCAGAGAGUUUUGUCAUCCCAAAUGAUGAGAUGCCACCACCAGUGGAGACCAAAGCUCCCACUCCACAUAAAACUUAUGCCUUUAUGUCAAAAGAACCAGAAAGGAUCCACCAUAUCCGCCAAGCACGAACUUACUUUACUGGGUGGGAUGCAGAGCCACAACCGCAACAGCGAGUACAUCGACAGCAGCACCUUCAACAGCAUCAGCAUCACUCAUCGGGCCCUCAGACUUACUAUGAGCAGAGCUGUGACACAACCAAUGAGAUUGUUUUUGGAGCAGUUCAAGAGUUGAAUUGCAAGCGGAAGUCAGUGGAGAUCAAGACUGUGAAUUAUGGAGAUCUCGUCUAUGAGCAGUAUGGUUUGCGGUUCCCAAACAGCUACAUGGGAUAUGACAACUACUAAGCGGUUACUAGUAGUUGCCAAAUUUUUUUCCCCUUUUCUUCCAUGACCAAAGACUUCUGUCAGUUUAUAUGUGAUCUCUUCUCUUUUACAUGUCUAUAUAAAUUGGAGAAGCACCAUGGGAUCUCGAAUGACUUUGAAAUUUUGAAGAAUCUUUAUCCUUUUUGUAAGAGCAAUUUAAAUCCUUAAUCGAUAUGGUUUUGUAAAUUUAGUUGAA